AUGCCACACCUCAAACAUCUUCUCGGGCUCUUCCUCGUCGCUGUAGGCGGUGCCUAUGCCGAAUGCACAGCAGGCAAAUACGGGCGUGAUGGCUGCAAUCUUUGCGGAGCUUGUUUGGGGGGCGCUGAGUGCGACUACGAUACCGGAAUCUGCUGGGAUGAUACUGCUGAACAGAAAGCUUGUGCAGAGGGCUACAACGGAAAAAUGUGCAACGAGCCAGUCUGCCCAGGCGGUUGCGGCGAUGGAAUCUGUGCUGGACCCGACAAAUGCGUUUGCCCAGAACUUUUAGCCGAGAGAAAGAAUGAAUUGGGCCAGUCAACCUGCUACUCUCUUCGUGCCGAUGGCCUCAAAGGAGCCGGCGUCGCCCUCUUGGUUUUAAUAGCUUCGAUAUUCUCUUGCCGCCUUGUCCACGCUAUGAACCACUAG